UUUUACUCCCUACAUGUUUAGACAAAUGUCGGCACUUUCUCUUCUUACACUUUCAAAGCAGACUCAUUACUUUUGGUUUAUCUAUAAGUUGAUCUAUAGUGUUUAUUUCAGGGGUUAAAGUGGGCGGGAAGGACUGAAAGUAUCUGUUAGUUGUGGUUGUGGUACUUCAGCAUCUAGCUAGCGCUACAGAAAAGGAGGAAGCAUGCAGAGAGUGCUAUUUUAAGUGGCAGGUCAAAUACAGUUUUUCUAUCAGCUCAACAAACAUCAGGAAACAUGUGUGCAUGUUUGUCGUACAGUACGUCUGUGAGCUAAAGCUCCAGCUGCUGUACUUCACAGGGAGAUAAAAGAGUGAGAGCUAACUUCACAGAGAUGGAGGAAGAUCCGAAAGACAGGACAGGAGAAGAAGAAGAGAGAGUAGAUUUAAAGAGUAAAGCUGGCCUUCUCCACCUUUCAAAAGUCUGGCAAACGUGGGUUUAGAGGAUGAUGUUUGCAGCUCCAGAGCCCAACCAAGAGAUCGUGGAGUGGCUCUCCAGCCUCCGCUUGUCUCACUAUGCCCCGUUUUUCCAUCAGGAAGGUUAUAAAUCUCUGGAAGACUGCAUGGACCUGACAGAAGAGAGUCUUCUUGAGCUUAAGGUGCUGCCGACAGGCCACCGUAGACGCAUCCUCCGGAGUCUGGAGGCACUGGGGUUCAAGCAGCGGAGUGGAGGGGAAGAUGAAAGUGAAGAGGAUGGAGCAAAGAACUUGAGGGCUCAAAGGAAGCCAGUGCCAUACCCAAGACAUAUCUUCCUGAAAGAUAGAAAGAGGGGAGCAUCAUGUCAGCAACCAAAGGAAAACAGUAAGCACGAUUUGGAAGCGAGUCAGAAAUUACCUCCAGGAGCAGGACUGGGAGAAAAAGCUGAAAACCUUCCAAGGAACAGUUACCUCAUCCCGCCUCGACCAGCCCCUCGUGACCCCAAGAACAUUCAGAAAUCUGCACAGACCUGCCUGCCUGCUUCCACACGUUCCAACAGCAGCAGCGAGUCCCUCUCUGCUUCUGAAAUACCAGAUCGAGAGAUUACUACAGAAGAUCCGUUGCAUGGCACGAACUCCGUCGCCUGUUCUGGUGACGAUGGGGGUUUUCAAGGUGAAAUGGUUGAAAACUCAAUUUAUGAGGGGCCGCCCAAUUUAAAUCCUCCUGUUGGUCAGAGGCUUAGUCGCUCCUACAAACUCAGGCAUCGACCUGUUCCUGAAAUCCCGAAUCCAACUACGGUGCCACUUCAGGACAGCGCACCGCCAUCGCAAACAACCAGCCCUGAACACCUAACCGGCUCCGAUGGUCCCACCGGUGCAAACGGCAUACAGAAAGCUCCACUUCAAAGAACCCUGACGCCUAUUGCUCCCUACGGUGAAAUAUUCCUGUUCAACACCCCCAAAAGUGCUCCGGACCAAGGUGCUAAAGAAGGGCCCCACAAGGGUUUAAAGGACAAGAUAAAACGGAGGAAACAGAGAAAAAAGACACCACUGAAGAAAGAGUCCAAAGAAAAAAUGUCUCCUCCAGCUAUUCCAGACCCUUACGGGGACGACUACUCCACAGUGGACGAGUGUGCUGCCGUUUUGCCGCAGGCAUGUGUGGACCAAAGUUUUUCCAAGACCCCUGACCCCGCUGCUGCUGUCGGUCCAGCUGCCUCUGGCUCUAAUAAUAAAUCCUUGAUCAUGGUGAAUUGUGACCUCUACUCACAAGCUGCAGACUCUGUGGGGGCCGCAGAGAAAAGUGGACUGCCUGAUAUUUCUCCAUAUGCAUGCUUCUAUGGAGUCCCCAAACGGCAGGUGCUCAAAGUGGGUUGGCUGGACAAGCUGUCACCUCAAGGAAAAUGUGUUUUUCAGAGGAGGUGGGUGAGAUUUGAUGGUGAGAGUUUGGCCUACUACAACAACGACAAGGAGAUGUACUCCAAAGGGAUGAUUCUGGCCAGCGCUAUCAGGCAGGUGCGAGGACUGGGCGACAACAAGUUUGAGGUAGUCACCUCCCUGCGGACCUUCAUAUUCCGAGCUGAGAGAGAAGGGGAGCGCCAGGAGUGGAUGGAAACUCUUCAGACGGCCACGCGCCCCCCCGCCUGCGGCUCCCAGAAGCGCUCCGGCACCCUCCCUCACGCCUCCUCCACAAACAAGCGAGGCUUGCUGGAGCUCCGCGGUUACAAAGGCAGAGUGCUGGUGUCCCUGGCGGGGAGUAAAGUCAGGCUCUGCAAAACAGAACAGGAUUACAAAGCGGGGCUGGCUGUCGCUGAAGUGGAACUGACCGCUGCCAACAUCAGAGACGUGGACCGCAGGGGCUUUGAAAUCAACACGCCCUUCAAAAACUUCUGCUUCACGGCCGAGUCAGAACGGGAGAAGCAGGAGUGGAUUGAAGCGGUGAAGGAAUCGAUCGCCGAGACACUCUACGACUAUGAAGUGGCAGAGAAGAUCUGGUUCAACGAGGCCAAUAGAAGCUGCGCCGACUGCCGCGCGCCGCAGCCGGAGUGGGCGUCAGUCAAUCUGGGUGUGGUCAUCUGUAAGAAAUGCGCAGGACAGCACCGCUCUCUUGGGCCAAGUAUUUCUAAAGUGCGGAGCCUGAAGUUGGACAGCAGUGUUUGGAGCAAUGAACUAGUGGAGCUCUUCCUGGAAGUGGGGAACAAGAAUGCUAACAGUUUCUGGGCUGCUAAUCUCCCCCUGGAGGAGGAUCUCUACAGAGAGGCUUUUGCGGAGCAGCGGGCCACGUUUAUCCGCAGGAAAUACAGGGAAAGGAAGUACACGAGUGUCCUGGAGGGCUUUAAUGACCUGGAGCAGCUAAACAAGGCGCUGUGUGCAGCUGUGGUGUCCUCUGAUGUGCUGCAGACCAUGGCGCUCGUGUUCAGCGGGGCAGAUGUUAUGUGCGCCACCGGGGAUCCAACCUACUCCACCCCGUACCUCUUGGCUCAGCGCGCUGGCCAGAAGCUGCAGAUGGAGUUCCUGCACCAGAACAAACUGUGCGCUUUCCCUCGACUGGACCAAUGGUCAGAGAACGCCUGCCUGCCUGAGGCUUCCGUCUUCAUGGAUGGCUUCCUCUACAUCUCAUCUUCAUCUACCAAGGCGACGUUGGACCGUCGCGGUAGGGAUGACAUGGCACGCCGUUGGUGUACUUUGGAAGGCGGCUUCCUGAGUUACUAUGAGAGCGAGCGAAGCCCUUCAGCCAUUGGCAGGGUGGACGCCACCGAAGUCAUUAGCCUGGCUGUCAACCACACAGAGACGAUGACUGGAGCUGGGGCUGUGUUUACCGUGGAGCUGUACCUGCAGACGGAGCGACUGCUGAUUUUCGGAGCGGAAACGCAGGAAACGCAGCAUGAUUGGAUCCAGGCGCUGACAAAGUGCUUCAUCCCACCUAAAGUCGAGGGACUAGUGCGGAAAGAGAGUGAACUGAUUGGCAGACUCCACUACAAAGAAGGUCACGACCUGUACUACUGGAGGAUGGGCUGGUUUAUGCUGGAAGGCUCUACCCUGCACUUCAGCUCAGGAAAGGAGGAGGAGGGAGAGGAGGAAGUACUUCAACUCAAGCAACUGCAAGAACUCACUGUCUCCACACAUACUGAGGGUGAAGACAAGAUCCAAGUCCUGCUGAUGGUGGAGUGUGGAAGAACAGUUUACAUUCAUGGCUUCAACAAGAUGGACUUCACCGUGUGGCACUCUGCUAUCAAACUGGCUGCUGGCACAGACGGCAAUGCGCUCGGCGACCAACAGCUGACUAAAAAUGGUGUUCCUAUUAUAGUCGACAGCUGCAUUGCUUUUGUCACUCAGUAUGGUUUGUGCCAGGAGGGAGUCUACCAGAGGCCUGGAGAUCCUGGUCGAGUGUCUCACCUCCUGGAGGAGUUCACCCACGAUGCCCGUAAUGUGAAGCUGAGGGAGAAGGAGCACCGUCUUGAGGAUGUGACUGACACGCUGAAGAGCUUCUUGUCUCAGGCAGAGGAUGCACUGCUGACCAAGGAGCUCUAUCCAUACUGGGUGUCAGCUCUGGAUGAGAAGAACGAAAGGCAGAGAGUGAAGAAGUACUCCACUUUCAUAGAGAGCUUGCCAAAGAUAAACAGGUCAACCCUUGAAGCCCUGCUGCAGCAUCUUUACAGGAUCCAGCAAUGCUCCCACCUGAACCGCAUGCCAAGUGAAAAACUGGCUUCCGUUUUCUCCUCCUGCCUGUUCCAGACUCGAGGACAAACCACACAGGAAAUUAGUGUGGUCCACGACCUAAUCAGCAACUACAUUACGCUUUUCAGUGUCAGUGAAGACCAGGUGCAACAGAUGGAGAGAGAGAAUAGCUUCAUCACACGCUGGAACGACAAGAAGGACACGACAUUUGCUCCGGCUGGGGACUUGAUCUUUGAGGUGUACCUGGAGAAGAGAGAGCCAGAGAAAUGCUGCUUAAUCAAGGUCUCCCCCAGCAUGCGGCCCACUGAGCUUGCAGAAACGACGCUGAAUAUGAGGAACGUCGCCGUUAACGCUGACGACUUUUGGACCACCUUUGAAGUCAUUGAAAAUGGAGAGCUAGAGCGACCGUUGCACCACAGUGAGAAGAUUCUUGAGCAGGUGUUGGAGUGGAGCUCCUUGGACUACCCCAGCUCUGCUUUUCUUGUUAUAAAGAAGUUUGUAGGCUUCAGACUUCUUGGGAAAGAUCAGAGGCAUUUUCUGAAAGGCGACUAUCUGAAGUUCAGUGACGGAUGCUCCAAACUGCUGUCAGGGCAUAAAUUUCAGGACAAGUAUGUUGUGCUUCAUUCAGAGAAGCUGCUGCUCUACAGGGAUAUCAAAAGCGCUAAAGCCGAGAAAACAAUCCCACUGAAGGAUGUGAAGUGUUACCUGGGCCUGAAGAAGAGGCUCAAACCUCCAACCAACUGGGGCUUCACCAUCUGCACUGAUAAACAGCAAUUGCAUUUCUGCUGCGACAAGAGGGAGACGCAGGUCAACUGGGUGACAGACAUCAUCAGGAUGAAGUAUGGUUCUGACCUUCAUGCAUCCACCAACUCAAAGGAAACGGCAGAUCACAAAUCCUCCAGAGGUGGAGCUCUAACUGAAGGGAGCAAGGUGCUGCCUCAGAACCUCAACUCUAGCAAACAGACAACCGAAAGGAGGGUUUCUCUUGGAGCUCUUGGAGAUGGAGAACGGAGGCCCGCCAAGGAUCCUAGUCCCCACUUCAAGUCCAACACCAUAGGUGCUCCAAAGUCCAAUACCAUGGGUCUUCCAAAAUCCAACCCCAUAGCUGUUCCAAAGUCCAACACCAUAGGUGCUCCAAAGUCCAACGAACCAUUCAAACCCCCAGCAAUCCCAAACAGAAGAACUUCAGUGGAUGUUUGCCUGCCUCUACGGCUCCCCUCACCAUCUUCUUCCAGACACAUGCAGCCCAUGCCUUUGCCCGUUCUCCCUCAAAGCGGCUGUAAGACCGUCAAUAAAAGACCUGCUCUGGGUGGGGAAGCUAUACUGCCUCCAAGUCUGCUGAAUGAACUCAACUCGGUGCUGAACAAGACUGGUCGCACUAAUAAGAACAAUGACUGACAGGAGGAGACAGGAGGGGGAAAUUACAUACAGUAUCAUGAUCAUUUUGAACAAUAACACAAAGUGGGAGGAAAAAGAUGACGGAAGACUGGCUGAAAGACUACACAGUAUUAAUGAACAGAGAACAAGUUGCUGUCAUGAGUGAUGAUCACAGUCUUACUUGAGCUUUUGAACUUGUGUAUAUAUAUGGAGAUGGCGAUGCACAUGGGAAUGUGGAAAACAGGUGCAGGAGACUGCAAAGGUCACGCAAACCUCAGCUGGCCAUGGCGCUGACCCAAGCACUACAAAUUGAGAUUUAUAUACCACUCUUUGAAAGCUAGAGAAAGUUGCGUAAAUAUGUUCAGCUAUCAAACUCAGAAGUUUCCAGAAGUAUUUCCAAAUGCUUAUGUAAUGUCUUUUUUUCCAGCUAAAGCCUUGCCAAAGCCUGCGUUGACUCGCUAAUGGAGAUUUGCCGCGUUAAUGCAGUUAUGGCGUUGACGUCAUUUUAACGAGAUUAACAUGGACAGCACUAAUACAAAUAUGUAACUAUAGUAAUUUCAAAGCUAAAUUUUCGUUAUUAUUGCUGCCCACCUGCAGCACCAUGGCAGUCCACCAGGGGGCUGCAGCCCACACUUUGGGAAUCAUUGCCUUACAGGACAACAUUCUCCCGGAUAUGUACAGUACUGCCAAGAAAAUAAUACAUUCGUGCAUGUUGAUGCACAAAAAGCUAAUUUGGUGUGCACAACUAAUUAAUGGUUUUAAAUAGAAGUACGAUACAAUAUUAGCUGGCUGUGGCACAUUGGCCAAAGUGUUAGGUACCUUUAUUUAUUUGUAGUUGCUUUUAUGGUUCUAGCAGUUUUUCUACCACUGUAACUGUUACAAUUGUAACUGAACUGUAGCUCUACUAGCAGUGUUCUUGAAGCCUAAGAUUACAUUUUUAAACUUUGCAGGGGGCCGCCGCCAAAUGUAAAAUUAAUGUACAGCAUAAAUAUAUAAAUAAAUGUGCUAAUUGCUUAAACAUUUAGUGAAGUUGCACAUUCAUGUUGAGCGUUUUCACAGACAUUUGUGCUCAACAUUACCCUGGAUAGUUACGUUGUUAAUUUGUUCCUGGACUAAUCCUGGACUAACAUUUUGCUAGCUUGUUUCUAUGGGUUAUCUUUUUUUCUGGUAUUUUAAAAAGAAAAAAGGCCUGAAAACAGAAAAUAUCAGCAUGAUGAUGCAAGAGAUCAUAAUCUCAUCACCACAUUCAAAACAGUGAUUCAGUGGUUCAAAUGCUAACCAAAAUAAAUGCAGAUAACAGAAUUAAAGUUGGUUUGUAUUAAUCACUGAUUAUCAGAAAGAUGGAUCCAUCUGUGUGGAGGAAGUGGUUGAAAGCAUCUUUAGUGUGUUCUGAUGUGUCUUUAGGUUAUACCAGCUGACUGCUUUUUAAAGAUCUGUGCAUCCUCUUGGGUAUAAAUUCGUCUAGGGAUUGUCGGAAAUGUAUGUAUGCCUGAGAUUAUUGAGUGACCUAUAAACAAGUAGCAGCUCUCUCAAUGUCUUCUCUGGGAGUCAGUGUAAACAUCAGUAUUGUGCUCAGUUCUCUUGGUUCUUGUUAGAGCUCUUGCAGCAGCUUUCUGACAGAGCUGUAGAUGUCUAAAUAUAUUUUAGGGAGACUGGAGAAGAUCCCUCUAAAGCAUAUUGAUUUAGUUAUUAAUAUGAUGUUGCUUGGCCCUAAAUUGCCAAAAUAUGUAACUUGGACUUUUGUCUUUGCAGUCAAAGUGAGAAAAAUACAAUAUUUAUGUCAUUAACUAACUCUGACUCUCAUUUAUUUAAAGAUUGACACGAAGUUUAUGGGCCUGUAGUGCUUAUGGGUGCUGAAAGACCCAAGUAUGCUUAGUGCACCUUAAAUAGCUUAAAAACAACAACAACUACAAAAACUAUUUGCACUUUGUGACAUUGUGUGUUAUCCAGCUGGAAGCAUCCACCAAAAGAUGGAUACACUGUGGUCAUAAACAGGUGGACAAGGUCAGCAACAAUACUCAGGUAGGCUGUGGUGUUUAAAUGAUGCUAAGUUGGUACUAAGGGUCCCAAAAUAGCCCUCACACCAUUACAUUACCUGAACAUGGCCUGAACUGUUGAUACAAGCCAGAAUGGAUACAUGCUUUCAUAUUGUUUACACCAACCUCUGACCCAACCACCUGAAUGUCGCAGCAGAAGUCGAGACUCAUCAGAUCAGGCAAUGUUUUUUUUCAGUUUUCUAUUGUCCAAUUUUGGUCAAGUUGUGUGAAUUGUAGCUUCAGUUUCCUUCUGCUCUAGCCCAUCUACCUUAAGGCUUGAUAUAUUGUAUGUUCAGAGGUACUGUUCUGAGCAAGAACAUGCCAGUAGAUCAGCAGUUUCUGAAAUAUUCAAACCAGCAUCUUUGGUACCAACACCGGUGCUACAUUCAAAGUUACUUACCGUAAGUCACCUUUCUUCCCCAUUUUGAUACUCAGUUUGAACUUCAGCAGGCUGUCUUGAAUAUGCCUACAGUUCCUGCCAUGUGAUUAGCUGAUUAUAAGUUUGUGUUACACAGGAGUUGUGCAGGUGAUAAGUAAGUGAUUAGGUUGCCGGAGAGUGUCGAAUUAAAAAGUAGUGGCCCGAGAAUUGAACCCUGUGGGACUCCACAUGUCCCAGUCACAUUCUGAUACGUGAUGUGAUGCUUGCUCAUAGACAGUCAUCUGAUUGCUGGGAUUUUUCUAUAUUAUUGCAGGCUCUUAACCUUAGAACAUAAAGCACAUUAUGGCAACUGUUGCUGUCAUUAGUCGCUAUAGCAAUAAAACUGAAUUGAAUUGAAAUUGAUAUAAAUCAGAUUUUUUUUUUUUUUAAAUGUAAAUGGCUACAAUGUAUCUCAUACCUGAAAGAUGUGCUCUGAGGAUUAAACCAGAAAACACCUAAUUUACAAGUCUGCCAAAAAUUAGUUUUUUGUUCA